AAAACAAAAAAAUAGUAAUAAAAAAUUGAAGCAUACAUACAAAUAUGGAAUGUAAAAGUAUUAUCCCAUUCACAGAAAUGCCAGCACGACUGAAUAACACUGCACGUUUUCCUGCUCCACUUACAGUCAUAAGAUGUCAUUGCCAGCCGCUACUCAUCUCAAUCUCACAGCAUUAUGUAAAGAGGGCCAGUUGAAAGAGGCGCUGCACAUUCUGCUUACAACUCACAAACCUCCUGAGGACGACUCUACAUAUCUUCGAUUAUUGCAGACCUGCAUUCUCAAAAACGCUCUUUCACAAGGGAAAAAUGUCCACUCUUUUAUCACUCACAGGCAAUUUGCAUUUGCUACACGCAAAACUUUUCAUAGUAAACUUAUUUACAUGUAUGUCAAGUGCGGAAGCUUGGUUGAUGCUCGUAAAGUGUUUGAUCACAUGCAAGAACGAGACAGUGUCUCAUGGAAUAGGAUUAUUGCAGCCUACAGAAGACAUGGGUAUCCUCACGAGGCGGUCAGAUUGUUUCACCAAAUGCAACGAACAGGUUUCCAACCCGAUGAGUUCACAUUAACUAGCGUGCUUCCAGCCUGUGCCAAAAUCGGAGCUUUGGAACAGGGUAUAGAUAUCCAUCAAAGCAUAAAGGAUAGCGGAAUUUCGUCAAAUGUUGCAGUUGCAACUGCCCUGGUAGAUAUGUAUGCAAAAUGUGGAAGCAUAAAGAAGGCACGUGAAUUGUUUGACAAAAUGCCUGAACGAAAUGUGGUCACAUGGACUGCAAUGAUUGCAGGAUAUGUACAACUUGAAUUUGUUGAAAAGGCUCUCGAAACUUUCAAGCAAAUGCAGUUGGCAGGUGUAAAGCCAAAUUCCACGACCUUUGCCAGCGUCCUUCCCGCCUGCGCCAAAAUGGGAGCUUUGGAACUGGGUGUGGACAUCCAUCAAAGUAUAGUGGAAGGGGACUUUUUGUCAGAUGUUGUAGUUGCAAGUGCCUUGGUGGACAUGUAUGCAAAAUUUGGAAGCACUGACAAGGCACGUGGGUUGUUUGAGAGAAUGCCUCGGAGAGAUGUGGUUUCAUGGAAUGCCAUGAUUACAGGAUAUGCGCAAAAUGGAUUAGUUGACAAGGCUUUUGAAACUUUCAAGCAAAUGCAAUUGGCAGGUGUAAAGCCAGAUUCCACAACCUUCGCCAGCAUUCUCCCUGCUUGUGCUAAAAUGAGAGAUUUGGAACAGGGUAUGGACAUCCAUCGAAACAUAAAGGAUAGAGGAAUUUUGUCAAAUGUUGCAGUUGCAACAGCCCUAGUAGACAUGUAUGCAAAAUGUGGAAGCAUAGAUAAGGCACGGAAACUGUUUGACAAAAUGCCUGAAAGAAAUGUAGUGUCUUGGAAUGCCAUGAUUGCAGGAUAUGCGCAAAAUGGAUUUUUUGAAAAGGCUUUAGAAACGUUCAAGCAAAUGCAAUUGGCAGGUGUAAAGCCAAUGUCUACAACCUUUGCAAGCGUCAUCCCUGCCUGUGCCAAAAUGGGAGCUUUGGAACAGGGUAUGAACAUCCAUCAAAGCAUAAUGGAAGGGGGCUUUUUGUCAGAUGUUAUGAUUGGAAAUGCUCUGGUAGACAUGUAUGCAAAAUGUGGAAGCAUAGACAAGGCACGCGAACUGUUUGGAAGAAUGCCUCAAAGAGAUUGCAUCUCAUGGAAUGCCCUGAUCGCAGGAUACGUACAAAAUGGAUAUUUGGAAAAAGCUUUAGAAACUUUCAAGCAAAUGCAACUGACAGGUGUAAAGCCAGACUCCACAACCUUUGCGAGCAUCCUCCCUGCCUGUGCUAAAAUGGGAGCUUUGGAACAGGGUAUUGACAUUCAUCAAGGUAUAAAUGAUAGAGGAAUUUUAUCAGAUGUUGUAGUUGCAACUGCCCUAAUAGACAUGUAUGCAAAAUGUGGAAGCAUAGACAAGGCACGUGAACUGUUUGAUAAAAUGCCUGAAAGAAAUGUGGUGUCAUGGAAUGCCAUGAUUGCAGGAUAUGCACAAAAUGGAUUUUGCAAAGAUGCUCUCAAAAUCUUUGAAUUAAUGAAGCACUCUGGAACAUAUCCUGACAUCGUAAGCUUUGCUUGUGUUUUAUGUGCAUGCAGCCAUGUAGGUUUAGUGGAUGAGGGCUGCACAUACUUCAAUCACAUGAGUAACUCUUAUUGCAUUAUACCUACAGUUGAUCAUUAUGUGUGCAUGGUUGAUCUUUUUGCCCGUGCUGGCUAUCUUGAGGAUACCCUAAACUUUAUCAUUAAGAUGCCAGUUAAACCUGUAGUGGUUGUGUGGAUGUGUUUUCUUGGUGCCUGUAGAUCACAUAUGAAUAUAGGUUUAGGAGUAUUUACAUCGAUGAUGCUUUUUGAUUUGGAUGCUAAAAAUGCUGCAACCUAUGUUCUUCUGUCAAACAUCUAUGCAGAAGUAGGUAGGUGGGAUGAGGUUGAAAUGGUAAGGAGAUUGAUGAAAGAUAGAGGAAUUAAAAAGAUACAUGGAUGUAGUUGGAUUGAAGGCCAUAAAACAGUACAUACUUUUUGUGUAGGAGACAGAUUACAUCUACAGACAGGAGAUCCAUGCAAAGUUGGAGAAAUUGGCUUGGGAGAUUAAAGCAGCAGGGUGUUUUCCAGAUUCAAGACAUUCACUUAAUGAUGUGGAAGAGGAGGAAGAAUAAUUAUAUAUCUGCCACCACAGAUCUAAGACAUUCACUUAAUGAUGUGGAAGAGGAGGAAGAAUAAUUAUAUAUCUGCCACCACAGAUCUAAGACAUUCACUUAAUGAUGUGGAAGAGGAGGAAGAAUAAUUAUAUAUCUGCCACCACAGUGAAAAGUUGGCAAUUGCGUUUUGUUUGUUAAACAUGCCCUCUGGAACGACUAUUACAGUUGUUAGGCAGCUUUGAGUAUGUGCUGAUUGCCACACUGCAGCGAACUUUAUCUGUAAGAUUGUUAGAAGAGAAAUUGCUGCGAAAGAUGCUAACCAUUUCUAUCAUUUUAAACAGGGAUAAUGUUCUUGGGGAGAUUAUUGGUGAUGCUAAUUGAAGCAAUCUGGAAAUCGAAUAAUGUGCAUUGUGUUGGAUCUGCAGUAAUGAUGAAGGGACAAGGAAACCUGCAUAUAUAUGAAAUGAAAAGCUAGACAAGGAGGAGGAGAAUGGGGGAUAAAUAAAAGGUGAGGCAAACUUCAAAUAAAUGGAAAGAUGGCUGAACAAUAAAAAUGGAGACUAGGGUUCACGACCAAUCCUUGUCAUAUUGUAUAGCUUUUUUGUUUGGAUUAUUUGCAUUAUCUUUUGACUAUGUCAAGUUUGACUAAUUGAGAUUAAGUUAACAUUCUAGAUUA